UGUGCUGUUUGUCCUAUUUCCCAAGGCUGUCUAUAUAAGGUACCUGUGCAGGAGAUUGGGAGUAGUAUGUGGAGGUGCAGCCUGCUGGAAUAGUUUGGACAAGAUCUGCAAAAGUUGGAGCAUUUAUUUAAGAGGAAUUCUGCUUUUAUACUGCUCCCCAGCAGCCUCCUGGUUUGUGCGUCUGUCCCGGACGAGGGGGCGGUGGGGUGGCGCCACGUCAUAUCAGCCGCCGCGCUCUGAUUGGCUGCCGAUUCUCACCCGACACAGCUGUGAUUGUUUUCUGCAGAGGAAGCUCUCGUCGCUGGAGGGGAUCGAGCAUCAGCUGAGGCGCGAAUGAUCAGGAGCGGAGCUUUCUCUUUGGACCAGACACUGAAGACGUCUGGAGAUCAAGCCCCAAAGUGCCAAAUGCCCAGACUGGAGGACCACUGCUGGAGCUGCUCCUGUGCACCAAGGGUCGAAACUAAACACUCAUCUGAGGCCAACUGGUUAGCAUCCAAAGCCGAAGAGAUGAUGUCCAUCAUCACCUCGGUGCUCAGCAAUGCCUACGGCUCUCUGCACGACGUCCGGACGGCCAACCUGAUCCGGAGGGGUCUGGUCCUCUUCACCGUGGGUGCGUUUCUCGCCCUGGUGCUCAACUUGCUGCAGAUACAAAGAAAUGUCACCCUGUUUCCUGAGGAGGUGAUGACAACUUUGUUCUCCUCUGCCUGGUGGAUCCCUCCUUGCUGCGGUACAGGAGCCGCUGUUGUCGGCCUGCUGUAUCCCUGCCUCGACAGCCAUUUGGGAGAGCCACACAAGUUCAAGAGGGAGUGGGCCAGCGUCAUGAGGUGCAUCGCCGUGUUCGUGGGCAUCAACCACGCCAGUGUUAAACUAGACUUCGACAAUAAUGUGCAGCUCUCCCUAACGCUGGCCGCCUUGUCCUUGGGCCUGUGGUGGACGUUCGACCGGUCCAGGAGCGGCUUUGGUUUGGGACUCACCACUGCUGUCCUCGCUACUGUGUUCACACAGCUGCUGGUCUACAACGGAGUCUACCAGUAUACAUCUCCAGACUUCUUGUAUGUACGCUCCUGGCUUCCAUGCAUAUUCUUCUCAGGCGGUGUUACCGUGGGAAACAUCGGACGCCAGCUUGCCAUGGGUGGCGUCGAGAAACCCCACAUGGACUGAACGGAACAGAAAACCAGGCGAAGGACAGCCAAUGUAAAGACGGACAAGUACAAAGAGCGAGGAGAAUAACAGGAGAAAAAGGACUCUGUUUUGACUUUAUCCUUGUUCUCAUAACAAAGUGCGGGUCAGCAAAUCCCCUCAUCUAACGUGCCAUGUCCUCUGCACCUCCUCGUGGCCAAACAACCUCUCCCUCCCACCUCUGCUCUACUCCAUUAGCAUUAAGACUUCCUUCUCACUAGACGGGACUGACAGUGUUUGCCUUCUCUUUUUUUCUUUGUUGUUGUUGUUGUUUUGUUUUUUUUUGAAGUGAACUGAUUUUAUUUUCAUGCUGGAAGUUCCUGUCUUUCCUGCAGUUUAUGGAGUGGAAGCGUGCGCGUGUGCUUUAGUGUGGAUGCGUCCUGGUCUUAACAGGAAAGACUGUUUUUGUGUUGUUUUUAGCCUGAAUAUAUUAUGAUCAUAAAAAGGGAAAUGUUGUAUGAGUGGGCAAAAAAAAUGUCUUCACUCUCACGUACAGUAGAAAUGUAUUCAGCAGCUUCAGUUGCAUCACUGUGGUGCAGGGGAGAUGUAUGUUCCCAGUCAAACCAAAUUAAGUAUUUAUUUUGUAAGUUUUGAAUGACCCCAAACCAAAUGUAGCCUGAGUUUGCAAAUGAAUGACGCCUCCCGAUUUGGAAGGAAUAGUUAGGGAGUUUCUUUUUCUCUAGAGAUUGAGAUGGGAAGAUUGAUGCCACUCUCACGUCUGUAUGGUAAAUUUUUUGCUAAAGCCAGUAGAAGGGGAAAUGUGUUGGUCUAUAUUUGCUAUAAAGACAUGAGUGGUAGCCAUCCUCUCAUCUUAAGCUGAACUUUUGUUUUAAAGGUCCAGUGUGUCUAAUUUAGGGCGCUAUGUUGGCAGAAAUGGAAUGUACUGUAUGUGUUCUUUGGUGGCCUAGAACGAGCUGUUUAUAUCUACAGUACAUAGGGAGUGGGUUCAUGGUGGCGGGGUCAGCAGCCCUUCGCGACAGGCGGUGUCAGAAAACACUGAUUAUUUAAAUACGUGAAACAGCUUUAUUCAGUGUUUUUACUGCUUUUAAUCACCUCUAGGGUCGCAUUUAUAAAAGAGCGCGUAGGAUCCAUACUAGAAACAUACACACAGACAAAAGCCAAAAGAUAUUCGACAGUUUCACCAUCAGCGUCGCCAAUGUCCCGUCUCCAAAAUGUUCGUAAGCAUGGGUCAAAGUUUCUCCCAUCAAGUCUUCUUUUAUAGAUCACAACUUUUGCGUGGUUGUGGUCACGUACGCUAUUUUCAGGCCUCGUUUUGUGCGUACGCAGUGUUCAUAAAUGAGACCCCUUGCAUGUGUUUUAUAGAGGAGGAGACCUCUGCAGAUAAUUCGACCCCUGAUUUUUAAAAAAAAAUAAAUAAAAAAUAAAAAAAAAAACCUCCUGAACAAUUAUCACUGAAGGAAUCAUACUGGAAGAAGUUUCAGCUUGUUUGCUAUCUGCGACCCUUACCGCUAGAUGCCACUAAAUCCUACACACUGUACCUUUAAAAUGACAGUAGAGAAUGGCAGAUAGAAUGAAGAGAGAUAAGAAGUAUGUACAGGAGUGCCAAUUAGUUUGUACUGGCUGAUGGUCACUUGUAUAUAUGACGACAUUAGGUAUACCACAAGUGAAAAUGCUAAGUAUUUAGGUUCCUCAUUUAUCUGUCUGCCAGUUCACAUUUUAUUUUUUGGAAAACUACCCUGAGACCUUCAAUACGUUGUUUUGUCUGUGUCUAACAAGUGCAAGACAAACAUACAGAGGAUUGUUUAGUAAGAAAGUAGGCAAAAGGAAGACGUCAAAGUCUGAAUUGAAAAAAAAAAAAUGCCAGUACUGUAUGUGCACAUUUUGUGUAUUUUUUAUUAGCUGAGCAAAAGACAGCCACCACAGUGGGCCAUGUUUUUUAAGAAUGUACCACCAGUGCUGAUCUAGUCCUCCAGUGAUUCUGUCGAAUUUGUGACCAGGUGUUAAAUGUCUUUGUGAUCGUACACAUUUCCCACUCCAAAUUCAAGCUAGUGUUAAAAGUUUGGGAACAUACAGCAGUUAAAGGAGAGGGCGGGACAUUAUUACUUAAGAUUUGCAAUCUGUGAUUGCCUGUGUAUUAUAGAAUGUAGUGCUUUUGUCACUAUAACAGUUUAGUUUUAUCAUUUGUACAAACAUAAUGACAUUAUUGCUUGUGUAUAAUGGCUUUCCUAUGUGAUCAGACAGGUAUUAUUGCUAGACCUACAGUAUGUUAGUUAGCGUUUGGGGGUCUAGAGGAUUAAGUGCAAUCAGAAUAUACAUGAGCCGAUUAUUCCUCCUUAUUUAUUUCUUAUUAUUUCUGACAGUGGCUAAACAAAAAAGAUAACUUGUUGUAUAUGCAGUGUGGAUACUUAAAAAAAAAAAGCAAUAACAUCUUUCUUUUUUGUGAGCAGGAUUGGUGUCAGAGAUUACAUGCCUUCAGAGUCAAAACCAAUGACGACAUAAAAAAAAUAUUGUGUCAAACUGUGUGUGUAGGAAAAAAAAAUUUAGUUGCAUCGUCGAAGGAAUUUUAUUUUUUUAAAUGUGUUUUUGUGGCAGAUCACUUCAGGUUGAAUCUGCUGACAUUCAGGUGUGUUAAACUGAAGAGGAAGCUUUAUUUUUUUGGAGGUGGUGAAGCACCUUUUUGUUUCGAUGUUUUAGAGUUUUUGUGUGUCUGAUAUUUUAGCCGUGUAUCAUUUUUGCUACCAUGGAUUUAAGUGAAAAAUAAAAAUACCUGAUAAGGA